AUGGCUUCCAAUAUUUCUCUCCUUUUGUUGUUCUCCUUUCUUACAACAUUCCUUCAUUUUAUUAUUUUCACAUUUGCUCAAUCUGAUAAUUACAUCAUUCACAUGGAUUUAUCAGCUAUGCCUAAAACAUUCUCAAAUCAACAUAGUUGGUAUCAUUCCAUUCUUUCUCAAGUUACUACUACCAACAAUUAUCUCAAUUCUUCUUCUUCUAAAAUCCUUUAUACAUACACUAAUGUUAUGAAUGGUUUUAGUGCUAAUCUUUCACCUCAAGAUCAUGAAUCUCUCCAAAACUCACCUGGUUACAUUUCUUCAAUGCCUGAUAUACCCUUGAAACUUCACACAACACACUCACCUCAAUUCCUUGGCCUUAAUCCUGACAAAGGAGCAUGGCCAGCUUCUGAGUUUGGUAAAGAUGUCAUUGUUGGUGUAAUUGACACUGGUGUUUGGCCAGAAAGUGAAAGUUUCAAAGAUGAUGGAAUGACUGAAAUACCCUCUAAAUGGAAAGGGAAAUUAUGUCAAUUUAAUAAUUCCGACCAUUCAUCUUUGUGCAACAAGAAACUCAUUGGAGCUAGAUUCUUCAACAAAGGGUUCUUAGCAAAAUAUUCCAACCUUAGUACAACCAACUUGAAUGACGCACGUGACACAACAGGUCAUGGGACCCAUACUUCAACAACGGCAGCCGGAAGAAAAGUUGAUGGCGCAUCUUUCUUUGGUUAUGCGAAUGGAACCGCAACAGGAAUAGCUUCAAUGUCUAGAGUAGCCAUGUACAAAACUAUAGGGGGAGAUGGAUUAGCGACACCAUCUGAUAUAAUGGCAGCAAUUGAUGCUGCUAUGUCCGACGGUGUCGAUGUUCUUUCAAUAUCAAUGGGCGCCCAAGAAGUGCCUUUUUACGAAGAUACUCUUGCAAUAGCUACAUUUGCAGCCAUUGAAAAAGGUAUUUUUGUUUCUGUAUCCGCAGGUAAUGAAGGACCUUUAUUUCACACUCUUUCGAAUAGUGUACCUUGGGUGACAUCGGUUGCUGCCGGUACGUUGGAUCGUGAAUUUCGUGGAAUUCUCACACUUGGUAACGGAGUCUCGCUCACUGGUUUGUCUUUGUAUCUGGGAAAUUUUACUGCUACCAAUUCUCCCAUUGUUUUCAUGGGUUCGUGUGACAAUAUUACAGAAUUAAACAAAGUGAAGAACAAUAUUGUAGUUUGUGAAGAGAAGAAUGGAACUCUCCUUUCUAUUCAAAUUAAUAAUAUGAUUGCAGCAGACGUUGUUGCAGGUGUUUUCAUAUCAAAUAUUCCAGACAUAAAUGAUUUUAACAAUAGAAUUCCAUCUAUCAUUAUUACUCCAAUAAAUGGAAAAAUCGUACAAUCUUACAUAAAGAGCCAUAACUCCAAAAACUCUAGUUCUACAGCAAGCAUCUCUUUCAAGACAACAGGUCUUGGUGUUAAACCAUCGCCCAUAUGUGUUGAAACCUGA